AUGGCCGCCAAUUUUUCGCACGUUUGUCUCAAUGAGAAGCAGCAGAUGAUGUCAGGCUCCUCUUUGGAGUACAGUCUGCAGAGGUUGGAUAAUAAGUUUGAAAAUGAGAAUUUAUUCAAGUUCAAAAAAAAACUCGAAGGUGACCUAAAAACUCUGGUAUAGGUACUUCUACCCGGCUCUUGCCGUUUUUGGGAUCCUCGGCAACUUUCUCAACCUGACAGUUCUUCUCAAUCGUAGCAUGCGCAGCAGGUUCGUCCAGUUUAUUUUUUUAGACUCAUUCGUCACGUUUUUUGAUGUUUUGAAGAAAAAAGUAACAAGAUAUGAUACGUAGUGAGAUCCCGUGGGAAAACCGUGUUCGAUAGGUGUCAUAUGACAUAAAAUACACUCGUUUGAAAGUUAUAAAUGAAGCUUUCGGUUCUGAAUAGUGCGAAGAAUUUUCGAACGCGCGCUAAAACAUAGCAAAACAAACUCUGGUCAGAAAGUUUUUAAAAAUCAUCUGCGGCAGAAACUAUGAUAUGAGAAACAUUUUCUUUUUUCUCGAAGUAAAAUAUUUUUUAAAAAAGCUAUAUAUAGGAAACAAUUGUUUUUCACGGAAAGCAGUCGUUACCUCACGUGAGUUUAGUUUGGAAGGAACAUUAACGUUUCUCUUUUGCCCAGAGUUUGGAAGUACCCAGCUUGAAAAUUGUUUUUUUUUUCUCUUCUCGCAGAAUGUCUGGUAAUUUCCUUUCAAAGGGAAAAUUUACGGGGAAGCGCUUUCUCAGACUUUUCUUAUCGAAUUUCAGAUUUCGAGUUCUCAAUAACUCGAGGAUAUUUUUUGUAAACCUAUGUCUAAACUGCCGAGUUCUGCUUCAAAACGACGUCGAAAAAACAAAUUAGCAUGUUUUCGUCUUUUUGGACAUGUAGACGGGGUUCCUCAAAAAUAAUAAUGAAAAGUCUAUAAUUAGACGCUUGAGAACUGCAGCAGACGAUAAGCGAAUGUUAGUUGCUUUAUUAGGCCAUCAGCCUCGUUAUAAUGAGAAAAUGAGCAUCAUUUUAAUAGAGAGAAAAGAAAGUUCCUCGACUGGUGUUUUGCACAGAUCAAGCAAAGUAAAAAGAAAGUUCUUCCAAGAGUUUCAAAUCUAAAUCAACUGACCGUGAUUUCAGAGCGAACACUUUCCUUGCGGUUUUGGCCUUCGCCGACAUCAUUUUUCUGUUUCUGCUAUUUCCCAACAUUCUUGCCAACUAUUCCAUAUUCACUUAUAAUUAUUACUUUCGAUGGUUUUAUUUUUAUACAAAGGUUAGGAAGAAGGAUUUAGCAAGUAAUUCUUUUUUUCAGGUCCACUUGAUAUCUCUCGCAAACUGGUGCUCGAGCGUCGCCAUUUGGUUAGUUUGAAUCAAGUUUGCGGAAGGGUUUCAAACCAAGAACAAACUAUAAUCUGGGAAAUUUCUUAUUUCUUAUUUCCAAACGAUGUCUCGUGAUAAGCGAUUCAAUGAAAAAUUUCGCUUUUAAGAGGCCUUUCAUCAAAAGUAUACCUGUACCACGAUUGACAGCUGUCUGUACAGUAUUCACUUUCAUUCUUUUAAUUUUAGAUUAUCUCAAAACCGGAAAAUUCAUUCGGUCGGUAAGAAAGCUUGGAACAUUUACAAUGAUGAAGUUUCAUCUUUUUUGCGCGUGUAAGUGUAGGAUUGCGUCAAUCCGCAGAGUCGGUGUGUUUUAUAACCUCGAAAAACUCAAACUUUAAAAUUCGAAAAUUAUGUUUUUUUUUUUAUUUCUUUCGUGUUUCUUUCGUUUUUUCCUUUAUCACAUCGAAAUAGCUUUUAUGUUCUUUCAACUGAAUAAAAUUGCUCUCACAAAGUUCGGAUCAAGAUAUUAUUUUAUAGCGCCGCUAAAUCCAGACGUGGGGGCUUGCCUCACGCGCGCGCCAAUUCAAAAAAGUGCGCUGGCGCACAGAACCCAAUAUCCCCCAUUAAUGUAUAUCCUUUUUUUCAGUCAAUCUUUCCGUUUAUAUUUUUGUCGAAAGAUUGUUUUCGGUUAAUUUCGCCAUAAAAGUGAAUCGAUAAAAAUAUUUGAAAUAAAAAAAAUAGUCAGUGGGGUUCUUUUUCUUUUCGCAAUUUAGUACUUUAUGUCACCUUUUGACUAAAAAUGUAGUUCACAUUUACACUUAAAGGCCACUCGAGGUAUCCAUAUAAUCAGUAAAUGUAUAGAAUAAACGGUGCGAUAGCUAUCGGAGUGCUAUUCGAAAGCAUACAAAGUGCCCAUAAAGAAUUUCAAAAAAUUUCAAAGUACUGCUGUUCAUUUUUCAGAUUAAUGUCCUCUGUAUUUUUUCGCAUAAACUGUUUUUCACUAUAAAAUAGUUUAUGAAGUUUCAUUCCUCAGAUACCAUUACUAUGGAAAUGACGACGCUUCCUUUAAGACGCUCUUGUUUUUUGAAGACUUUCGAAGUACACAAAAAAAACAAAUAUUUUUUUAGAAGCCUGACGAGGGCAGUGUGUCAGGUGAGCAUCACAGAUAUGGUUCAAACUUCUGUGGUAGGUAGUCCUAGGUAUGAGUAUUGGAAAACAGAAAAAAUGAUCUGCUGAGCCUAAGGUACCGAGAAACAGCCCUACGAAAAUGUACAGGAGAAGCUAAAAAACGAUUUAUCUUUGGGUUUUUCGUAGAGAGUUUCUUUCUCGCGUUUUUUAUGAUAUAAUGAACAACACUAGACUUUUAAAAAUCGAAAAAGAAAACAACUAAGUUUUUGAGAUAUCACUGUACAUUCUUGACAGGCUAUUUCUCAGUACCCUAUGGCGCUUAGCUGAUAUUUCUUUUCAUUUUUGAGUACUCAUACCUAGGACUAUUUAUCACAGAAGUUUUUACUUUUACUUUCUGAAGCCCCCUUAGCCAUCGCAAAUGGCAAUAGCAUUAGGAUAUUAGUGGUGUGAACAGUAGUAGUAAUGAAAUUGCAGAAACUUAGCCUCUGUAUUUCAUUCAUUGAUUAAAUGUAGCAUAUCUCGAUGGAACGUGCACUGGAUAAGCCGGUUGAACAGUGAGGUAUUGUUCGUUUGAUCAACAUUUACUUGCCGGUAUCACUAUGAAGGUGAGUGAAGAACUGAAGUUGGCUUUGAAGCUUCAAGAUCUCUUCUCUUUCGUCAAAAUAAUGCAAGCUCAAAGAGGAAAGAAUUGAAUGAAAAGAUUCUAUAGUUUCUCAUAAUUCCUUGUCUUUCACCGUUAUAACUUUGCUGAAGAAGUGCAUAACCUCAGGUAUACCUUAUAAUAAUCGUGAAUAUUCCCAUUUUUCGGCAACAUCUUUUUGAAAAGUUUUCUGCUCUCGUUUUUGCCUGCACAAAAGUAAACUGUAGAUGGUCUUCUUUUGUAACUAAUAAACGAUAGCAGCGCCACUAAGGCUACCGCGAGGCUAAUCAGUGGUCGUUUAUUUAAAUCAUUUUUUUGUUAUAGCCUAUUCCGCGCCAGCUUGUCACGUUUUUCUUUCCGCCAAAAAGACCGUAUACCAAAUGAAAUCAAAUUUCUGCUUUUAUAACGGCAAGAAACAAAGGUCUUGAAGCGAAGUUGGUCAAAUUUGGCCUUUUGGCGGAAAGAAAAACGUGACAAGCUGGCGCGGAAUGGCCUAUAACCGUGCUAAGACCUGCUGAGCUAGUUAAAAAAGGUAGCUACUCGGUAACUAUUUGUAUCUCUAUCACGAUUGACCAGUGGAAAAAAAUUUGCGAAAAAACUAUUUUCAUUUUAAAAAAACUCGAUUAUUUUUUAUUGAUUCACUUUUAUGGCGAAAUUAACCGAAAAAAAAUCUUUCGACAAAAAUAUAAACGGAAAGAUUGACUGAAAAAAGGAUAUACAUUAAUGGGGGAUAUUGGGUUCUGUGCGCCAGCGCACUUUUUUGAAUUGGCGCGCGCGUGAGGCAAGCCCCCACGUCUGGAUUUAGCGGCGCUAAUUAUUUUAACAUAAAUUACUGCGAAACUUAGUUUUUUUUUUUAAAAUCAAUCAGAAUUAAUGAGGAUAGCAAAAAUGUCGCUUAUCUUAUUACAUGCUUGGCUACGAAAAAACUGUUCAAAAUAAUUCAAAAAACCUUCAAAUCCAGGUUUCGUGGUCUCAGAGGGCUACUGAAAAAUCUGCUAGACAUUUCGAGAGAUUUUUGCGCCUCACUAAAAGGUUGAGAACUCGGCUCAAGCUCAAUAUUUUUUUACAAAUUGAAUCAAAUAUAGUAUGUUCAGAUUUUGAAUGUCAAGUCGUCGCUCAAGUCCCGCCCAUAAUGGCGCGGUAAACCAAUCGGAGAACGAACCAUCCACAGAGUGUUUUUGAAUGACGUCAUUGCACUUGACAUUAAAAAUCUGAACAGACUAUAUCAACAGUGCUUUUUUCACCGAGGAUGUACGAUUUAACUCUUUGAAAGUUUUUAGAACUAACUUACGGUCGAAAACAACGUGACUUUUCCAGGUGUGUGAUCGCUGUUUGUGCAGACAGGCUAGUUGGAAUUCAAAAGCCGCUCUAUGCCCGUGCAACUUGGUCAUCGUUAGUUUUCUGUUAUUUUUAUAUUUACCAAAUAAUUGAUCAAAAUGCAUCAACUUCUUGGUUGAGGUGGAAAAUGCCGGCGCUGGUGGUAGGGAUCGUGUCCGGCUGCGGUCUUCUCACCUUCUACCAACACUUCGAAUACGUCUGUCUCGUCCGCUCCUACUGCCACGAGACUCAGCUCUACUCCCGCUGUCUUCCUGUCAACGCAGAGUUCGUUUAUGAUCUUAUCUACUGGUUUUAUUUUUACUACGAUUAUGGUAAAAUUUUUAAAAAGUAUUAUUUUUGAUCUUUCUCCAAGUAGUUGCACGGUAGGCAUUUUUUUAAGUAUUUCAAAAAUUCAUAUUUCUUUUUAAGAAGAGUUUCAGACGACUUCUUUGAAAAACUUUCGGUCUCAAAACAUCACAGAUAAAAACAUUCAAAUCAAUUUAUUAGUCUUCCUCCUUCGGCCUCCGUGGCAAUUUAUCAAGAUUAAUUUUUUUCCCUUUUUCCCUGAUCAAAUUUUUUUAGGCUAUUAGAAGAAAAAAAAUUAAAAGAAAAAAACUUCAAUAAUUUAAAAAAAGGGAUUUGAAAUAUUCACACAAAUCUCAUCCCUUCGUUUCUUAAGCUUUAUUGUGGAAUGAAAAGCGUUGUAAAAUGUAAAAUAUUUGUAAACUAAAAAAAGUUUAAAAAGUGAAGGAUUUCGUUUUUCGGCUGAUCUUUUUUUCUACAUUUCUUUUCUCAAUAUUACUCGAACGAAUGGUUUUAAAACUGCAACCUGCACAUGUUAUUCAAUUUUGAGGGCGUUAUUUUGUGUCAAAGGAUAAUUGCAGUGGUAAUUUCGGUGCCCAGGUCAAUAGUGGGUCGGAAAAAAGUCAACUCUUCACUAAUGAAAUUGCCUUGGAGCCCACGUCACAGCUGAUGAACCUACUGAGGCGCAGAAACAUUCUGAAAUGUUGCGGAAAACAAUGCAACUCCAAUUGAAUGCCUUUUCAGUAUUUUUUUGAGCCUCAUAGUUCGAAACCGAUUUCUGAAUCAUUUUUUUAAAAAGAAAAAGCAAAUUAUGCGAUGUGACUCCAUUUCGCGGAAUAAACAGAGUAAUGACUAAAGUUCCCGUCACCUUUGGCAAGGGAACAAAAGUUAAUUGGAUUCCACGGCACGUUCGUUGUACUUCUGAAACAUAUUGAAUCGUCGAAGCACUAACACGGUCCAUUUCGUUGAAAAAUAAACACGAAAAAGGAGAAUCUUUCUCAGAAAAAUUGCAAAGACUUAUUGUUCAAAAAGGAUUCGAUCAGGAAUGAUGCACUUGCAGGAAAUGGUGGGGCCAGCGACCGAACCCGUUCUCGGCAGGCUACCAGAGGGUGGUGAGCUCCUGUAAACUGGCGUUCAUCUUCCUCAUGAUCAUCCUGCCGAUCAUCCUCUUGACGUUCCUGAACCUGACGUUGCUCUGCGCCCUGCGGAAGCGGCAGAAGCACUUGUCUUUCGCGACGGACAUGUCUGACCGAAGAAACAGCGACCACAUGCAGAAGACGGAGAACCGCGUCACUCUCACCGUCGCCUUCAUCGUCACCAUGUUCACACUGACGAACGGUCCCUCGGCGCUCGUCCAUCUGGCGCGUCAUGCUUACCAACUGCAGCCAGAAGAACUCUACGAUCUGACUAUGAUCUGCAGGUACUCCCUCACCCGAGACAAGGCUCAUUUUCAUUCAGCACGCUGGUGAUUUGCGGAAAGGCGUCAAACUUCAUUCUUUUCUGCCUCGGCUCGAAACAUUUCCGGGUACGACUUCUUCGGUUGACGCAAAGGAAAGUCAAUCGCAAAAUCGGUACGUUAUAA